AUGAUCGCUAGGCUGCCUUCUCAAUCAAUUGCAGCCGCAUCUUCUCGAACUUCACAUUCUCUUUUACACGAGCAUAUAAACACUUCACUUCUACCCUCGCCAAUCGUCCCCCGCCGCCCGGACUCCAUCCUCCUCCUCCGACGACCACCACGGCUACCAAAAAUGACACCAUCUUCUCUACUUCUCUUCUCCAUCCUCCUCUUAACCUCCCUCACUUCAUCCCACUCCUCAACACCACCCCCAACUUUCCACCAAAAACCUAACAACGAAACAGUAUACAGAACCUCCAAACAACUCUGCAUCGGGUGUACAAUGGAGUCAUUACAAUUCUUGUUUACUCAAAACUUAGUUCGAGCAGCUAAGUGGGAAAUCCCGCUAGCUUGGGAUUUCCAGCUUCAGAGGUACGCUCAGUGGUGGGCAGGACAAAGAAAAGGUGAUUGUGAGUUGAUGCAUUCGUUUCCAGAAGAUGAUUUCAAGUUGGGAGAGAAUAUCUUUUGGGGUAGUGGAUCUUCGUGGUCUCCGGUGGAUGCUGUGAAUACAUGGGCUGGAGAAGAGAAGUAUUAUAGAUAUGGAAGUAAUACGUGUGCAUCUGGGCAACAAUGUGGGCAUUAUACGCAGAUAGUUUGGAAAACAACGAGAAGGGUUGGGUGUGCUAGGGUAGUUUGUGAUAGUGGUGAUGUGUUUAUGACUUGCAACUAUGACCCUGUUGGAAAUGUUAUUGGAGAACGUCCAUAUUAA